CUCGCAAGCAACGCGUCACUCACAUUUAUAGGCGUGGCUACAGUAUGUGGAGGCGGGGUUUAAAAGAAACUAGCGGCAUUUUUCAACUUGUGCGCUAACGAGCAUGUCAGAGAGACUCAAACGGCGCAGGAGAGCAGCUGCCAGAGGAGGAGCCGUUGGCAUGGACUCAGCAAGGAACACGGACAGUGUUGAGCAGUUGGCUUGGAAGUAUAUGCAAAAAUGUAAAGUAGAAUCCAGCACUGAAUCCGAAUCUGACAACAAUUUUGAGAUAUUUGGAGAGGGGUUUCCAGCAACUAUGGGACAUGGAAGCUCAAGAAGAACUGGCUCUCUGGCGUUGCAGUUUCUAGAUCCAUAUGAAGCAGAUUCUGAAGAGACUGCAACGCAUUCGGAUUGUAGCAUACAGAGCCAUUUCCCAGGUGAUAGUGAUCCGGUGGUUCAGCACUCCACCCCCCGAGAAAACAAAGGGAUCGGAGCUUUUUGUGGCCCACAGGGUUCUGCAUUAUUACCCAUCAGUACCCAUGGUUCUCUUUGGGACAGUUCAGAUAUUCCAGUGGUCACAAGUAGUGAUGUUUGGAUGAAAUCUGGGGCAGAUCUAGAGACUACACCACAUACUCCAUUAAAAUACUUUUAUAGUCCCAGCAAAAUGACAGGCUUUUCAGAUCUGUCCAUGGACUCUGGAGUGGUGACUGAAGUGUCAGCCUUGCAGGCUUGUCCCUUCCUAGCAAAAGCUGAAGACGCAACAACGGCUCCACCUCAUUCUGCUUCUGGUCCAACCAGUGUGACAUCAGAGGAGAAUAGUGACUUCAAUAUAUAUGACAGCUUUCAUAUGGCGAAACGUAAACUGGGACUUAAAAUGGAUAGCAGCUAUGAAAAAUCAAAAAGAAAGAGAGCUCGAAUUGCAGAGAUAAUGGAGUAAAGCAAAUCACCUAAGGUCAUCUCUUGGCAGAAAUGGGGAAAAUGUAUUUUCAAAUAAAGAAUAGUGU